AUUUUUUUUUUUUUUUUUUUGACGUUUUGCCUCGAUACAUCUUGCCGCGAUAUUUCAGCCGUGAAAGGUCGACACUUCGCGAGCUUCAACAACAGUUUGCUAACGUGUUUAUCUCGAGACCUUCUCACCGCUCGUGUCGGUUUACUGAACGGUUCCGACUGGUCCUGUUAAUCCCCGGGAAGAAGCGCACAGCCCGGCUCUCAGUUUAUCUUUCUUCAGCUGCGGAGCGUUAAUUUACUGAAAAGGUUAUCCCGGGUGAAAUUAGCGAGCUUUUGUGGCACGAAAUAGGUCACGCAGCGUCUUGUUGAUAGCGGAGUCUGAUUUCUGUCCUCUCCCGCCGCCUCCUCCUGCGGGUCCGCAGACGUUAACGGUCACACGGACGAUGGUUUUACUAAGAAACAUCCGUCCGCCCACCGAGGGAGUGCGGCACGAGCAAGCCGAGACCACAGUGGUGAUGGACGGCCAUAAGCUGGGCUGCGGCACGCUGUACGUCGCCGAAGCGCGUCUGUUGUGGUUCGACGGCUCUGGGAUGGGUUUCUCUCUGGACUACCCCACCAUUGGCCUGCACGCCGUCUCCAGGGACGUCAGCGCGUACCCAGAGGAGCACCUGUACGUCAUGGUCAACGGAAAACUCACAGGUGAGAACGGGGCCGAAAUGGCAGAGAGAGCGGCAGAUGAGGAAAAAGACGACAGCAGUAACAGCGGCGGUGAUGAUGAUGACGAUGAAGGAGUCAUCACAGAGAUCCGGUUUGUGCCCAGUGACAAGGUGGCAUUGGAGUCCAUGUUCUCAGCGAUGUGCGAGUGCCAGGCGCUGCAUCCCGACCCAGAGGACGACGACUCCGACAACGACUUUGAAGGAGAAGAGUACAACGUGGAGGAGGCGGAAGCAGAGCACGGCCACGCUGACGUCCCCACCUUCUACACCUACGACGAGGGUCUGUCGGCGCUCACGCAGGAGGGCCAGGCCACGCUGGAGAGGCUGGAGGGGCUGUUGGCCCAGUCGGUCGCUCAGCAGUACCACAUGGCCGGGGUCCGAACCGAAGAAGCCAAUGGCGAAUUCGAAGACGGUAUGGAGGUGGAUGCAGCAGAGCUGGAGGCCGGUCAGUUUGAGGACGCAGACGUCGAGCACUGAUGGAAGGCGUCUCAGCGGCCAGUUGAAGCACUGAUGCAGUGUUGCAUCAUGGGAUUGGAGGAGGACAGCAGCACUUCUCUAAAGCUCUUACUUGUACUCUCUUCUCAAACAAACCUUUUCCCCAUGUACUCAUCGUCAUCUCUCUAGUCUUUUUUUUUUGUCGCUUGCUACAUUUCCUCUCGUUGUAUCAGAGCUCACGUGUUGCAUUUUGUUGUUUUUUCUGCUCAUAUUCAUCUCUACUAAUUUGUCCAAACCAUAUGAAUAAAGUUUGCAGUAAACAGUCAGAUCAGCUACUGUAGACUAUUGAGAUGCAGCCCUGAAAGGCCAGGUCCUGUUGUUAACUGUAAAAACAAAACUCUGAGUUUCUGUUUUCUACCUAACGACCAGUUUAAUAUCAGAUUUUCCUGUAGAGGAAAACGAAUGUCUUUGUAUUAAAAUGUCAAUAAAUGCAUAGUUUUUGUAUCA